AUGAGGAAUUGCUACCAGUUUGUCUCCUACUCAAGGUUAACAAAUUUGUUAUGGACUUUAUUGAUUGUAGUCCUAUGCAACUGCAGCCCCAAAUUUGGAUGCCCUUUAGAGGAGUAUGAAGCUUUGUUAAAACUCAAAUCUUCUCUCCUUCACUACAACAACUCUUCACUAUCGACAUGGGGAAGAGGGAGGGACUGUUGCCUCUGGGAGAGAGUGAGCUGCAACAACAGCACACAACAAGUGUCAAAGCUCAUGCUAUCGAGCCUUCUAGAAUAUGAUCAACUUCAGGAUUGGCGAUUGAAUUUCAGCAUUUUUUCCUCCUUUCAUGAGCUCCAACAGCUUAACUUGUCCUACAAUCAAAUUGCAGGAUCGUUAUCACAAAUAGAUAUGUCAGAAUUGAGAAAGUUGGAAAUCCUUGAUCUCGGCUAUAACAGACUCACUGGAAAUAUUCCAUUAUCUUUCAAAAACCUAUCUUCACUUAGUGUCUUGCAUCUAGAAGAAAACUUGUUAAAUGGCACACUUAAUGUGGAAGGCCUGCUGGGAUUGCACAAGCUUAGAUUGCUUAAUCUUGGAGAAAAUCAUCUCAUUGGAGGGAUAUCGAUAGCUUUGGGAAAUUUAUCCUCCCUUAAUUUCUUAUAUUUGUUCCAAAAUAAUCUAACAGGUUCAGUGCCUUCACAAG